AUGAGCUUCUUCUGGUGUCUUGUAAAGAAGCCCAAUCAUGACGUUUUCUUCUUCUUUUACGUCGAAACCACAGUGAAUGGCUCUCAGCUCAGUGAGGUCUCUGAUUUGAGUCAGCAGGUGUGGACCCUUCAGGGUCAGACCCUUGUGGCAGUUCCAUGGAGUGACAGUGUGGCUCCCAGUGAGUGGUCAUCCUGUGGCUGCUCCCUCAGUGUGUGGCUUUACAAGGGGGAGGAGAAUGUCACCCCUGCCUGGGAAAAGCUUGUCUUGAGCAGCAUGGAGGAAGCAGCGAGGGUGGAGAAGAGUGCUUGCCGGGCCCUGCAGGCCUGUUCUAUGGAGGAGGAGUGGCUUGGUCGGCCUGACUUCAUGCUGUCGCAACAGGACUACAGGGGUGACCUGCAGAGGAAGGAUCCAGAAAUGUGUCUGUGUUGUGAGGGGGUUGGAGGGCAGCCCACAUUGCAACUGAAGGAUGAGAAGAUACUGGAUCUGUACAAUGAGGCCCAGCCCGUGAAAGCCUUCCUCUUCUACCACGUCCAGUUGGGCUCCACCUCCACCUACGAGUCUGUGGCCUUCCCAGGCUGGUUCCUGGCCUGCGCGGACAGAGGCCAGCUCAUCUUCUUCACUUCGGACCAGGGGACCAAGUAAAACACCGCCUUCAACUUACAUAUGAGGUCUUGAACUCAGCCUGGGGGUGGCAGCUGGGCCAGGAGCCUUUGUCUUAAACUUUCUGGUUCUCAGGGUGUUUCCAUCUGUAUUAUCUCAGUGUCAUCUCACACUAGUGCAGGGCCCUGCUGGCAUCUCAU